AUCACGAACAUUUUCCUACUUGCAUCAGAUGGUGUGAUUUCAGGUGAAUGCAUGGUCAGUCCCAAAAAAUAUGUUUCUCGUUACGGUCCUGGCUGUUUUUCUUGCGGGCAUUUUCGCGAUACUGUUGGCCCACAAAUACAAAAGGACCCACUCCAAAUAUAUGAGGAAUAUUCCAGGAAAAGAACCCAAUAUUUUCUUAGGCAAUCUGUGGGAUUUUGCUGGAUCGACAGACAAAUUUUUGAAGACUAUCUGUUCCUACCUUGAUACCUAUGGACCAAUAACAACACUCUUCGAUGGUCCAUUCAGUGUGGUGAUAUUAACUGCUGAAGAAAAAUUUAUAGAGUACAUCCUCAGUUCCACCAAAAUGAUAGAUAAGUCAGAUCAAUAUAAUUACUUUCAUGGAUGGCUUGGUACUGGACUUCUAACAAGCACAGGUGCAAAAUGGAGGAAACGAAGGAAAAUGCUGACACCCUCAUUUCAUUUUUCUAUACUGGAAAACUUCGUCGAUAUUUUUGACCGCCAGGGCGAUAUUUUUGUCAAGGAGCUUGAACGAGAAGCUGGUAAACCUUCUUUCGAUAUAUAUCCAUAUGUUACAAGAUGCACACUUGACAUCAUCUGUGAGGCUGCUAUGGGCAUCUCGAUAAACUCCCAAAAACAAGGUUCACCUGAAUAUACCAGUGCAGUAAAAACAGUAUGUUCCAUAAUCAUAGACAGGUCCUUUUCUCCAUUAUCUCCUAGUGUGUACCCUUUUACUCUCAAUCACUACAAUGAAAAAAAAGCUCUCAAAGUCUUGCAUACACACACAGAUGAAGUUAUUGAUAGAAGAAUACGAGAGACACAGUCUCAGACUUCCCAAAAUGCUCCAAAUGAUGAAAGUGAUUUGGGAGUAAAGAAGAGGUUAGCUUUUUUGGAUUUGUUGUUGAAAAGCACUCUGGAUGGCCAACCUUUGUCUAGGACUGAUAUAAGAGAAGAAGUUGAUACUUUUAUGUUUGAGGGACAUGAUACUACCUCUUCUGCUAUUGCUUUUGCAAUUUAUUCAUUAGCAAUGAAUCCUGAAGUACAGCGUAAAGCUUUAGAAGAACAAAAGGAACUUUUUGGUGACUUGAAAAAUGCUAAGCCAGUGAUUGCAGACCUACAAAACAUGAAGUACAUGGAUUUGGUUAUCAAAGAGUGUUUGAGAUUAUAUCCCUCAGUACCUUGGUUUGCUAGGAAGGUUCCUGAAGAUUUUGAAUGGGAAGGAACUCUUUAUCCCAAGGGUCUGAAUAUCGUCAUUGUGGCUUUUGCUAGUCAAAGAAGCGCAAAAUACUUUCCGGACCCACUGAAAUUCAUUCCGGAACGUUUCGAAAAUAUCGACGGUAAAAAUCCGUACACUUAUAUUCCCUUCAGUGCUGGACCCAGAAAUUGCAUCGGUCAGAAGUUUGCCAUCUUGGAAAUGAAGAGUACUGUUUCUAAGGUGUUGAGGAACUUUGAGCUUUCACCUGCGACUCCUACACACGAGUUGAAGUUGGCCCCUGAGAUCAUAUUGGUGUCCAAAAAUGGUGUCCGUUUGUCUCUCAAAAAGAGGAAAUGAUUUGAUGGAGAACCGUAGUUGAUGUUAUUUCUAUUGACUUUGAAGAUUAUUCAUUAGACUUGAGAGUUAUUAGAAAAUGAUCGUAGAAUAGGUUGUUGAAUUAUUUUUUUAUGUUUGUUCAUUGUGAAUUAUUCUAGUUAAUUGCUUUUUAAUAUAUAUAUUUUUCAUUUC